AUGUCGAACACCACCAUUUUCUCCAACGGUCGAAUCUUGACGAAUGAACGUGCCGGUCUCCAGGACGAGCCCAUCUUCGCCGACUGCAUGCUCGUCAAGGAUGGCCGAAUUGCAGCUAUCGGAUCCUAUGCUGAAGUCACUUCAACAUACGAUGGUCCUUCAGACACCUGCGAUCUCCAGCAGAAGGUUGUGCUUCCGGGCUUCGUCGACGGUCAUAUGCACCUGCUCCUUCUCGGACAGUCCCUGCGCAAACUCGACCUGAAACACUGCAAGACCCUUGACGAUAUACGAUCGACGAUCAAAGAAUACGGCGUCGCAAACCCUGAGACUCCAACCAUCCUUUGCCGAAAUUGGUUUCAUUAUAUGACGCCCGAUGGCGUGUCGGCUGCAAUGCUCGACGAUCUAGAUCCCCGGCCGAUUUUUAUUGACGCGAGCUCUCAACACUCCUGCUGGUGCAACAGUGCAGCUUUAAAGGAGCUUGGUGCUGCCGAUCUUCCAGACCCUGCUGGAGGUAAGAUCCAUCGUGAUGCAGACGGGAAUCCCUCGGGAGUGCUCGAUGAAGGUGCCAUGAUGUCCAUCAUUUGGCCUUACCAGGCAAUGUCAAGCCCCAAGGAAGAACGAAUCGAGGCUAUCCGUGCUGGUAUCCAAGAAUACAAUUCUUCUGGAUAUACUGGGCUCGUGGAGAUGGCCAUGGAUGAAGAAGCUUGGGAUGCACUGGUUACUCUGCGAGAAAGGGAGCCUUCGCUCCCCAUGCGCAUCGCAGCGUAUUGGCUGAUCAAGCCGAGUGAUGAUCCCGAUACCAAUUCGAAGCAAGUCCAGCGGGCAAUUGAGCUAUCGAAGCAAUAUAGCUCGUCAACAAGCCCCGACCUUCGCCUCGUUGGAAUAAAGGUCAUCUGUGAUGGCAUUAUUGAUGCGUGUACGGCGUAUCUAUCUCAGCCAUAUGCCCCCAUCGGAUCUCCCCCACCUAUUUGGGCCCCAGAAGAUCUCAUGCCUGUCGUGAAAAAGGCAGAUGCGGGUGGUUUACAGAUCGCCCUUCAUGCUAUCGGUGACGGAGCAAUCAAGAUGGCCAUUGACGCGAUCGAAAAGAAUGCCACCCCAGGUAGACGGCAUCGCAUUGAGCAUCUUGAGCUAGCAUCGCCAGAAGACGCGAAAAGACUCGGUAUAUUAGGGCUGACAGCUUCGAUUCAGCCUAUCCAUGCUGACCCUUCUGUCCUCACACAAUGGCCGCGCUUACUUGGCAAUGAUCGAUGCCAGCGGGCAUUUGCCUAUCGGGAGUUCUCUGAUGCAGGGGCACUAAUGGCAAUUGGAAGCGAUAGUCCGACCUCUCGGUGGGCACCGAUGGAAAAUCUUUAUGUCGCCACCACACGGCGCUCAUCGAGAGAUCCUCAAUUUACCGAGGUAGUGAACAAACAUUUCCAGCUAGGCCUGUGCGAAGCUAUGGUGGCCGCCACUGGAGGAGCCGCGAGAAGUGUGUUCGCAGAAGGCCGGGUAGGUACCCUGGCCACUGGAAAAAUGGCAGACUUUGUUAUCGUCGAUAUGGAGUGGAAUGCCGAUUCUCUUCUAAAUGCCAAAUUAAUAGAGACUUGGUACGAAGGAAGAAAGGUCUGGGGUUAA